GUCCGCGGAUGGCGCUAGUUUAGCUUAGCUGCUGAUUUAAACUCUCCGGAGUGUGUCAGUGUGUCGUUCUCGGUUUGUAACAUGAAGUAGAAGGAUACGGAUCGAGCUGCUGCGUUUCAAAUAGCGUAAACGCUUCGUCUAACACUUAGCGUACGAUUUUUUUUUUUAAAAAGUGGUUCCUUUUAACAUAAAACCAGAUACAAAAGAUGAAGUAUGUGUAACGUAAACCUGGGAUAUUACUGCAUGCCAACCCGACGAAGCUUUUCUGUUCACCGGUUCAUCCAAAAGUUGGAUUCCCAGUACAAUGGAUGGUGAGGGAUAUAAAAAUGAUCUGCGAUGUACAGAAGCGGAGAGCUUUUGGCACGUGGUCCAGAAAUCAGGAGAUCUGGAUCAGAGGAGCAGAGACGGUGAGAGCUUCAAGCUGGUGGAGGUAUUUCUGUCAGGAGGGGCACCGUGGGGGUUCACGCUCAGAGGGGGACUUGAACACCGGGAGCCACUGCUCAUAACCAAGGUUGAGGAGGGCAGCAAGGCAGCAGCUGUUAGUCUCCAGGUGGGAGAUGAGCUCGUCAACAUCAACGAGAUUUCCCUGAGUGGCUACCGCCAGGAAGCAAUCUGCCUCGUGAAGGGAUCCCACAAGACCCUCAGUCUGGUAGUGAAGAGGAAUAUGAAACUGGUGGAUAUUGUAGCUCAGAAAAUGCCCUCAGAGAAUGACGUGCUUGUGGCGAGAAGCUUUCUUACGAAGAUUUUGCGAAGUUCCAUGAGGAGGAACGAACCCAUAAGCAGGCCUCACUCCUGGCACGCCACCAAGUUCAAUGAAAACCAACCAAGGACUGCCAAAACACAGACUCCACCCGUGGCAGUCUGGCACGCUCAAUAUGAUGCAAGCUCAUCAUCAACCAAUCUCUCUGCCAGCUGGGAGCAGACAAACCUGCGCAGAGUGUCCGACCAGUUCAGCUCUCACGGCAGCAUGGAUAGCCUAGAGCAUGUCUCACACUCAUACCCGGCUGGCCAGCUCGUGUAUGCCAAAUCAAACAACAGCAUGGAGCACCUCGGAGGAGGGAAACGAGACUCGGCCUACAGCUCUUUCUCCACCAGCUCCGGCACGCCAGACUAUACCCUCUCAAAGAGCAACACCGCCUCAACAGAGAACAUGGUCUACAAAGUCGGGCAGUGGGAUGGGGGAGGAAAGCACAACAACAGUGGCAGAAACAGCCACAGCCUGGCUGCUGAGGGGGUCAGGCAGGAUGACAGGCUCACAUACUUUCAGAUGCCAGGCGUCAGCUCAGGCUGCGAUGGUCCACAGAUUGAGGACCCGGCCAGUUCUUGCCAUUCAACUUCAAAUAGAACCAGCUUCGGACCUGUUUGGAACAUUCCUGAGAAAAAGAAAACAGUUUCCUCCUCCCCUCCACCUCCCCCUCCACCCGCACGCAGUGAUAGUUUUGCUGCCACUAAGGUCCAUGAAAGAGGGCUGGUGAUGGGUCACCCCGAAGGACCCGAUUCACACCCACCCUCUAGGGCUUCAUUUGAAACUCGCCGCAGCCACAUUUCCCCGAAGAAUGACAGCGACAGUUUUUACUCUCAGUCUGAUAAAUCCAAUCAGGACCAGUUCAGCUCAAACAAACGGUAUUCCCACUCCAGUGAUGUUCGGCAGCCCACCCAUGUUAGCCAGCCUUACGAGCCACGACACCACAGCGAGAAAAGCACUUUUUAUCCUCAGUCUUGGACUACAUCUGCACCAAAGCCACAGACAGUAGGUGGGUACUAUUACAGCAUGCAGGAGCUGUCUACUAACGGUUCGACGCAACACUCUGGCCAGAUGCAGAGAAAGAACUUAAGCUCUUCUACAGGCGCUGACCACAUUGAGAGCAGUGGCCAGAGCCGAUACUACUGUGUGACUACAUGUCAGCCCACACAGCCGAACCCCGUCUCCUUGUCAGGAAUACUGGAGAACAGGGGGAGCACAACAGAUCUGAGAAAGCAGCAGCAUUUCUCACAUACUAAAGACAGUAACACAUACAGCAAGCACCAAGGCACUGCUGUACUCGAAACCCCUGCACUUAAACCUAGCUCUGAUGAUUGGGGAGGUCAGAGAGGACACAACACACAAAGUGCAGAAUCUCAAUACAGCAAACCGUCUGAACUGCGGAGAUCUCUGCCACUGCAGCACAGAGAACCGCCCCAAGACAUCAAGUGCCAUAACCAAGUGAGCAACAAGAUCUGCCCACAGGUCACCCCGAUGCUCCACUCCCUAUCUUUGGAUACCACAGGACAAGAUGACAGAACCAGAGGCGGCGCAGACUCUGACGAGUCCACUGAAGGCAAGCAGUUAAAGCGCAAUGACCGCUUUGCCACCACACUGAGAAAUGAAAUCCAGAUGAGAAGAGCAAAGCUGCAGAAAAGUAAAAGUGCGGCUGCCCUCCCCAGGGCUGAGUGUGAGACUGGACAAGAUCAGGACAUCUGGAAGUCCAGUGAAAGUGUCACCCCAACAGAUGGCUCUUUCUCCAACGCCUACAAGGACCACCUAAAGGAAGUACAAGAGAGGGUCCUCAAGGCUACCUCUUUCAGGAGGAGAGACCUGGAGCCAAUUUUACUGGAGCAGUCUACCACUGAGGCUUUACUUAACUACCCAUCCUUGCUGCAUCCUCGUAAAGAUGUCACGCCUCUGCCGGCUGUCACAGAGUCAUUAACAAAUAAUUCAGGAGGUCAGGUAGCUCGCAUUGGUGGUCGGAAGCGUUUUCCUCCAGAAAAGAAAGUGAGGUCUUUCUCUGAACCAGACAAAAUCCACGAAGUGGGGAUGAAAGAGGGUCUCACUCCUAGUGAUAAUACAAGCUCCUCACUAGACCAGCAGAAACACUUUGAAGGUGGUAGGAAACCAGAUCUCCAUAAUCACAUGAACCUUGAGAGCCAUAUCAAGAACCGAAACCAAGAACUUGCCUCUGUUGGCGCAACAGAGGACACAAUGAAAGGAAUCAAAGGUAGAGAGUAUGCUGAGGAGGUCCUAGCAGUUUCUACACAAAAGCAGUCCAUCCAGGACCAGCAAAGAUUGGGCACGUUUGCUGAGUAUGAGGCCACCUGGAAUAUACAGAAGAAACCUCCGGAGAAAAGGGUCUCUGGACGGUACAGGUCUGCUGAUAACAUUCUAGAUCCAGGAACCGAGGAGAGAACCAGAACCACCUGUUUCCACGAGAGGUCCAAAUCAUCUCCAUCUGCAGACAUCUAUGGACAGACGAUUCCAGUACCUGCAGAGGCAGAGUUUUCCCAGACGGAGAGUAAACCUGCCGAACCGCUCAGCCCUGACACACGGUUCUCUGACAGCGCUCCAGGUGACUGUAAAGUGAGAGACAAGCCUGCAGAGUUUGAGCAUUACUCAGCACCACCCCCUCCGCCCGUAACGGGAGCAAUCCCCGACUGCAGACACAGAGCUGCUCCUGCCACCCUGAACCACAGACCCACAUCUAUUUCUCUCAGCCUCACAGAGACUGCACUCCUUCAGCCUGAAGACCACAGCCAGUCCGAGCCGUCUGGAUCCAGGAGAAAGCUCCCUGCGCUAGAGAAGCCUCUGCCUCCUCCCAGGUGCCCAGAGGUCGACUCCUACGAGUCCACUGGUUCCCAGAGUGAAGCCUUAACCCUCUCUGAGCCUAGCUCUGCCUUAGACCCCACCCACACCACUAAAGGAGACUCUGAACAGGGCAAAGGACAAGGGGCAGGACAUCAUUACCAGGCCUCUCCCUCUGCAUCCUCCUACAGACCUUCAGGGCUGGCCAGCAUGGAUGGGCACCGCUCACCAUCUCCUCAGUUUUCCCCACAGAAACUCAGUGACAGGCCUCCAGUCUCUUUUCAGGAUGAAGACUCAAACAGGAUGGAGCAUGUGAUAGAAAACCAAAACCCUGCAGUAAGGAAAGUGCCCAUAAGGAUUGUGCACUCAGAAGGAAGCACAGAGAAGGAAAAUGCACCGUUUUUGCAGCACAGCGACCCCCCGGGCAUUGAAGCUGAGGGGCACGGUGUGACUCGGCUCGGCAGUCUCGGAGCUGCAGGUCAGGACUCGGUUUUCUGUGCCUUCACCAGGCAGAAGGAGCCUGACAGCACCCCGGUCCCUCAGAGGGACAUAUACAUGACCACUAUAGGAGAACACAUCCAACCGCCGCCACCGCCCACAGAUGUGUCCAGUAGCAGCAACAAAUCAGCUACAAACACAGGAGUGUCCAAGGAGGAGGACCAGAAGAGAGAGGAGCUGGCCAGGGACAUCAUGGGGAAAGAUAAAACACUAGCUGAUAUUCUGGAUCAGAGCAAGAUGAAGACCACAAUGGACUUGAUGGAGGGCCUCUUCCCCCAAGGGGAGCAGCUGGUGGAAGAAGCUCACCAGCGCAGGAAGGUGCAGCCAAAGCAGGCAAACUCCCGGCCUGCUGAAGAAAGGGAAAAGGACGACAGCAUGGCAGCAGCUGCCACGAUGGUGACCAGCUCUGCAUAUUACAGCACGUCUGCUCCCAAAGCCGAGCUCCUUAUCAAGAUGAAGGACAUGCAGGAGCAGGAGGAGGAAGACUCUGAAGAUGAGCUGGACAUUGAUUUGGCCAAUAAGAAGCAAGAGCUGAUCGACAGCCUCAGCAAGAAGCUCCAAGUGCUGCGAGAGGCCCGGGAGAGUCUUCAGGAGGACAUCCUGGACAACAACGCUCUGGGAGAAGAGGUGGAAGCCCGGGUCCAGCAGGUGUGCAAACCCAACGAGUUGGACAAGUUCAAGAUGUUUGUCGGGGAUUUGGACAAGGUGGUGAGUCUGCUGCUGUCCCUUUCGGGCCGGCUGGCCAGAGUGGAGAACGCCCUCAACAGUUUGGAGGAGGAUGCUACGCCCGAGGAGAGGCGUACGCUGAUUGAGAAGAGGAAGCUGCUGAUCCGACAGCACGAGGACGCGAAGGAGCUGAAGGAGAACCUGGACCGCCGGGAGCGCGUGGUUUACGAUAUCCUGGCGAACUACCUGCAGGAGGACAGCCUCGCAGACUACGAGCACUUUGUGAAGAUGAAGUCGGCGCUCAUCAUCGAGCAGCGCAAGCUCGAGGAUAAAAUCAAGCUGGGCGAGGAGCAGCUGAAGUGUCUGAUGGACAGCCUGCCCAUAGAGCAGAGGCUGGCCCUGUGAGGAGGAUGGACUCUGUUGGGUCUGAGUGAGAGUCACGUGGCUUCAGGCUGCACCUGAGGCCUGUGGCCAGCAGGUGGCGGCACAGUUGAGAACCUGCACAUAAACAGCCUGUUUGGUGCAUUUUUGUGACUUUUUGAGCAUGUGUGCACAUCACAUCCACAGCAACCACGAGAAACUUUUUUUUUUUUUUUUAAGAUGUUGUUUUUUGGCAUCAACCAACCACUGGACUAAUGUCCUUUAGGCUUUGUUCUUAUGUUUUUUGUUUUUGUUUUGUUUUGUUUUUUUUAGUAAUUUAUUAUAGCCUUUUGAAUCUGGAGGAGACAGUAUUUUAUCUUCAACUGAUUUAGCUGACGUGUGUUAC